CACAGGCUGCAUUAAACAGCUCUCUAUAAAAAAAAAAAGUUUAUCACAUGACGUUUGACAUGCGGCAUAUUGUUUUAUACACUUCACUGUGGCAAUAUGGUUGAUAAUAGUUUAGUCGAGAGUUUUCAUCACCUCACAUCGUCGAAAUUCCAGUUUAAGAAUACGUUUAGGCUCCUAUAAGACAGCUAAAACAAUGACAUACCAAAAUAUUUACUCAUGUGCAGCACAACCCAAGAAUGGUAUUGUACGAAACUGUUUAGUCAUCAGUAAGUUAACAUUACAGAAUAUUCCGCAAAUAUUGUAGAACAUAUUAUUUCAUGAUUCCAACUUGUCUACACGCGUUAAUUGUAAAUUUGUUGUAAGCAGUGCCAAUGCACACUAUCCGACAGCCGCCGUACCCUCCCUAAACCCUCCGUAAAGGCAAUAAUUACACUUUUUUGCUAUCUUUGGUUCGGAUCCGCCUUCUUUCUAAACUCAUAUGCCAAUGAAAGUGCGGGUCUUCGGCGUCGUCUUGACAACUCGGGUGACGUGAAUGAUAACUCCGCCCACAGGCGGUGCAAAAUUCUUAGCUGUCCAGCCAUCAGCCAUUACAUCUCUGUGUAUUCAAACGUAGUCGGCGGAGUGUCGUAUUCCUAGGUUGGAAAGGGAGACCGUGUGCGGAAGGUUGGAAGCAGCCUUAAAAUAUAGAAUAUUCUUUCUCAUACUUGUCGUAUAUUUCUGAUUGGAGAAAAGUGUUGUUAGUAUAACGGCUAGGGACAUUUUUCUUACCAAAAUUUUUGAAGCAUCAGUUUGUUUUUCUUUUCCCUCCUGGCGAUUAUUUCCCAAACUAACGAUACCUAGCUAGCUAGGAUUACGUAGUGCAUCGGCGAUCCAGACGCCUGAGAGGAAAAUCUUUUUUUUUUUUUUUUUUUUGCCUGAAGAAUUUUUAUUUUUCUUAAGAAUCCCGUUUCUAUUUAGAUGGCAAGCUUCCCAGAGUUUGUAAAUGAAAACGAAAUAGCCUCCGCGAUAGCUUUGCUGCAGCGUGACUCACAUGCGCGGCUUGAGCAAACGUAGGGAAGAACGAAGCUCGCGACUUUCGAUCGACUGAAGAUGGGGACGUGACUUAGCGCGAGACGACGGCACGUUUUAUUCCAACUGGGCUGGCGCGUGCGGGGUCCUCGAGGGAGCGAAGUGGAAGGCUAAGCUCAUCGGGGAACUCCUAGUGUCCGCGGCUCCUUUCGACCAGAAGUCUGGAAGGGAGACGUGGGCUGUAGCCUUUGCUCCCGAUGGCUCCUACUUGGCUUGGUCCCAGGGGCACCGUAUCGUGAGGCUCCUACCCUGGUCGAAAUGCCUGAACGACUUCACCGUCGGCAGUGCAGACCUGUCCAAGGUGGUCGCGGGGCCCCAGCGCCUGUCGCGGCAGCACAGCGACGGGCAGCUGGGUCGCAGCAUGCCCUGCGAGCAGACCAUCGACUGCGGCGACAUCGUCUGGGGCCUGGCCUUCGGAUCCUCCGUGCCCGAGAAGCAGAGCCGCUGCGUCAACAUCGAGUGGCACCGCUUCAAGUUCGGCCAGGACCAACUGCUGCUCGCUACGGGCCUCAACAACGGGCGCAUCAAGAUCUGGGACGUCUACACUGGCAAACUGCUGCUGAACUUGAUGGAUCACACUGACAUUGUACGAGACCUGACCUUCGCUCCCGACGGCAGCCUGAUGCUGGUGUCUGCCUCCAGGGACAAAACACUCCGCGUCUGGGACCUGAAAGACGACGGGAAUAUGGUGAAAGUACUGAGAGGCCACCAGAGUUGGGUGUAUUGCAGUGCCUUCUCCCCCGAUUCCGCUGUGCUGUGCUCAGUGGGGGCCAGUAAAUCGGUCUUCCUCUGGGACAUGGAUAAGUACGUCCUGAUUCGUAAGCUGGAGGGUCACCAUAAUGACGUGGUGUCCUGCGAGUUCUCUCCCGAUGGGGCCCUGCUGGCCACGGCCUCCUACGACACGCGUGUCAUAGUGUGGGACCCCCACGUGGGCUGCGUGCUGCUGGAAUUCGGACACCUGUUCCCCCCCCCCUCACCCAUAUUCGCGGGGGGUGCAAACGACCAGUGGGUGCGCUCCGUCGCGUUCUGCCACGACGGCCUGCAUGUGGCCAGCGUCACUGACGACAGGCUGGUCCGGUUCUGGAACAUUGCUGAAGCAUCUCCCCAGGCUAUUUCCCCGCUCACCAAUGGCCUCUGCUGCGCCUUCUCCACGGACGGCAGCGUGCUCGCUGCAGGCACCCGCGACGGCAGCCUGCACUUCUGGGCGUCGCCCCGGCGAAUCGCCAGCCUGCAGCACCUGUGCCGGAUGGCCCUGCGACGGGUGAUGGCGACCCCGCAGGUGCAGACUCUGCCCAUGCCUGCACGCAUGGUGGACUUCCUAUCUUACAGGAUCAUCUGACGCUGCCUGCGUGCUUCAGACCGGUUAACCUCCUCAUGGAAGGUUUUUUUUUUUUUUUUCCUUUCUGUUCGCUCGAUUCCCAUGCAGUACUUGUUGACCUUUUUCAUCUGUUUUGUAUUUAUUUAUUGGGGUUUGUUGUAUGAUCCUGGGCGUGUCCGUGUGCAUCCUUACGGUUCUUCCGGAGAUGUCGGUUGCUGUAAGUUGUUUCAGAGGUGCGUGUCACCCUUGGGGUGGCGUCCUCGUCCACAGUCUCCCAUCACCCCAAACACAACCCUGAGCAAGACGAACCUUGUUCAUAAAACACCAGAUUACAAGUGAUCCACAAUGGCUUACUGGACUGACAUGCGGUGGGAAUCUCCUUCCAGAGGUGCAGGAAUAUGCGGGCGCUUGUGGAAGGAAUGGGUGUGAGUUUUUGGAGGGGUCACUGGAUUGCCCAGCUGCACCCCGGAGCACUGCCUAGCCCCCCCCCCAUCUGAUGCCUGCACACCCACUCCGUUCAGUUGCCCCUUAAAACCUCUUACAGCUCUUAAUUUGCUGCCCCCCUGCUUCACUGAUGUUCGAUCGCCUGCCCGCCCAGUCAGGGAGAGAUGGAGGGAUCUUCGGUUUAUAUAUUUUUUUUUAUACCUGUAUAGAACUCUGUAAAGACAAUUGUAUCCAUUCAAUUUGUAUAUAGUCGUAUAUCAAAGCUUUUCAUGUUACACUGCUGUAGUAUUUUUAAGUCAAUUGUAUAGAGUUAUCCUUGUUUGUACAAAUGUUUGCAUAUCAAUGUUUCCUUAAUGUGACAUGCGUGUAAGAACGGCAGGUGAAUGACAGACAUCAGGUUUUUGUUUGUUUUGUUUUUGACAUUGCUCAGAUUGCAGUAACAUUGCUCAUCCUGUUUUCUGCUUUUUGUUUUUUAUUGUUUUUGUUUGUAUAUACAUAUAAAAUGUGUUUUUUUUUUGUUGUUUUUUUUUUUUAAUGCACAGGUGGGCCGGGAACAUGUUUGGUUUCGCACAGAUCCUAAAGGGAGUUCUUGGGGGAGCCUUUGGGCCUUUGCUUGUUUGUGUGUUAAAAGCUACCUCCGGAAGUCACUGAAGUAUGUUGACGCGCAUGUUUAUGUUCAGACGUCAAUGCACUAGUAAUUUUUUUUGUUCGAGCGCGAUGUAUGGUUUUGGUCUUGGGAGAGUUUCUGAAAGGGCAAUUGGAUAUGCAGUUAUGAUGUUAGUAGAUGCUGGACAAGGGCUUAGGGAAAUUAAAUGUGAAAUGGCACAGUAGUUGGAGGAGUUUAGCUGCCUCUUUUUGGCAAUAAGCAUGUCACUAUUCUUAGAGCUGAUUCCAAAGCUGCUCUUACCUGCAAGACCUAUGUGACAGUGAUUUUGUGUUCAUUCAGGUUUAAAACAUUAAAACUUGAAAUUCUUUGGUGUAAACAUUUAACAAACAGCAUCAUUAGUAAGGCGUUGCUAAAAUGAAGCGUGGGGCAAAAGUACAAACUUUAUUUUUGUUAAUAUUUUUUGUUGGUUUGAUACUAGAAAACUGCUGGACUUUUGUUGCCAAACAAAUUUUAGUGUGAAUAUUAUGAACAUUUCAACGAAAAGUACUCAAAUCAUUCUGUAUGCAGCAGUAACUGUUGCAGAUAAUCAAAAUUAAAUGAAUGUAUAUUUUUUUUCCAUUUACUUACGUAUUUUUGCAUUUAGUCUUAAUAAAAUUCUGCCCAUAAA